CACAUACGAGGAAGAGGGAAAUCUUGGUACCUGGUUGGAGGUUUGGGCUCUGCUGCUGGGUUGUCUCCUCUUUCUGCCUCCAAACAGCAUUUGAAAAAGCCCACAAUGGAUCCAGAUCUAGCAGAUGAAGCAGCGUCAGACUUGCUGUCUGCGGCGGAGACAAAUUUCCAGGAGCAGCGCUUUGAGAAAGCAGAAGAGCUCUACAGCCGCUAUAUCGACCAGUGCGCAUGCGCCGGAAGGAGCAAGAGCUCCUGCCACGAUCUCGCAACAGCACUUAACAACAGGGGGCAGAUAAAGUACUUGAGAGUUGACUUCUAUGAAGCAAUGGAUGAUUAUACAGCCGCUAUAGAAGCCCAACCUGAUUUCGAAGUCCCAUAUUAUAACAGAGGCUUAAUAUUGUAUAGGCUAGGAUUCUUUGAUGAAGCACUGAGGGAUUUCAAGAAGGUUUUAGAUCUAAAUCCCAACUUUGAAGAUGCUGCUUUGAGUUUAAAACAGACUAUUCACGAUAAAGAAGAAAAAAUAAAAAGGAACUACUAAAACUCUGCUACUACUGAUUUUUUUAAAACUGGGAAUUGGAUUUCCUGGCAAAACAAUGAUACAGUUUUCCUUACCUAAUUCCUCAAAACCUCAUAAGUUUUUUUUGAGACAUUGCCUGUUCUUAUUAUGGACUUUGUAAAACCAUAUGGACCUUCACAAAUUCUACUCAUUGUUUUAUAUUAAACGUUUUAAGUUGAAUGAAGCUAAAAAAAUGCUAAUAGUGAAUUAGUGAAAUCCAUGAAGUUGUUUGUUACCCAA